AUGGCCGGCCGGGCUCAGCCUGAAGUGCCCCCAGCUGCCGGUCGCCCUCGGCUCGCUCCGCACCCCGCCUGGCCGGGGGCUCUGCUUCUCCAGGUUUCUGCACCCCAAAGGCAGACCCGGCUCUGCGCAGCGCUCCCCGCCCGUUCAGACCCCGCGGGCUGCGCCCCGUCCGUCGCUCCCCCGUGCGCCCCGAGCGCGGGCGGGCUGGUCCCGGCGGGAGCGCUGCCCGCCCCGGUCCCGCUCCCAUCCCGGGCGCGCACCCACCUGCCCCGCGGGCCCGCUCCGUUUCCCGCUCACCUCGUCCUGCUCCUGCCGCCACCAGCGCCUGCCCUCACUCCGGCGCUGGGCAGGGCGGCGGCAGCAGCAUCCCCCGCCGGCCCCCCAGCUGCCGCGGCGGCACUUGCAGCCUCACGGGAACCGGCGGCGAGGGGAGGAGGGGGUGGGGGAGAGAGAAACCCCUGGCCAGGGCCCCGUCCCAGCCCUCCCCGCCGCCUCCGGCACUCGGGUCCGCUCCCACGGGCCACGCAAGGCGGGGCGGGCGGCGGCGGCGACCGCGGGGACCCGCCCGGGCGCUGCUCGCUCCGCGCCGCCCCGCGCUGCCCCGCAGGUAGCGGCGGCCCCGGGCAGGCACCGCGAGGACCGCCCCGGAGGCGCAGGGGAGUCGGGUACCUCUCCAUGAGUCUCCCUGCAGCCGGGCUUCGGGGCGCUAACCACGCGGCUCCCGGUGCAGCGGCACUCGACAGGUUGGCACACGGGACCUGGCAGGACACGGCCCUGGGCAGCCCAGUCAGCACCGACACUGCUGGGACUGUGAGGGGGGACUGGAGGACUCCUGGUGCCGCUUCCAGCCCAUGGCGCCGUGACCCCACAGCUCUUGGUCAGCACGCCCUGAAGGCAGCCCCUGCACAGCCCCUCACGGCCCUUCAUGGCCCCUCACAAUCCCCUCACAGCUCCUCACAGUCCCUCACAGUCUCUCACAGCCCCCUCAGGAUCACAGCCCUUUACAGCCCCCUCACAAUCCCCUCACAGCCCCUCAGGAUCACGGCCCUUUACAGCCCCCUCACAAUCCCCUCAGGAUCACGGCCCUUUACAGCCCCCUCACAAUCCCCUCACAGCCCCUCAGGAUCACGGCCCUUUACAGCCCCCUCACAAUCCCCUCAGGAUCACGGCCCUUUACAGCCCCCUCACAAUCCCCUCACAGCCCCUCAGGAUCACGGCCCUUUACAGCCCCCUCACAAUCCCCUCAGGAUCACGGCCCUUUACAGCCCCCUCACAAUCCCCUCACAGCCCCUCAGGAUUACGGCCCUUUACAGCCCCCUCACAAUCCCCUCAGGAUCACGGCCCUUUACAGCCCCCUCACAAUCCCCUCACAGCCCCUCAGGAUCACGGCCCUUUACAGCCCCCUCACAAUCCCCUCACAAUCCCCUCAGGAUCACGGCCCUUUACAGCCCCCUCACAAUCCCCUCAGGAUCACGGCCCUUUACAGCCCCCUCACAAUCCCCUCAGGAUCACGGCCCUUUACAGCCCCCUCACAAUCCCCUCACAGCCCCUCAGGAUCAUCGGCCGCCGGGCCGAGGGAGCGGCCUCCGGAGCCGGCAGGGGGACCUCGCGGCUCAGCCCGUGGCGGUGGCGCCGCAACCUCGGCUUUUAAGGAAUAAAAUUGAUGUGGAAUUCGAGUGA